GGCGACAGCGGAGCGGAAAAGCCCGAAAGAACCGCAGUCGCCAAAGUUACACAAUGGACCUUUGCACGUUUGCGCUUUUUGCCGCAUGCGCGUCUCUUUACGCCGUUUCGGCGCUGCCGCCUCAAGGCGCGUGUCUCCUUCCAGUGGAAGAGGGACCUUGCAGAGCGCACAUUGAGCGCUAUUAUUACAACACCAUGAGCCAGAAGUGCGAGGUCUUCUACUACGGGGGCUGCCAGGGGAAUGCAAACAACUUCAUGGGUUAUCACGAGUGCCAGAAAACGUGCUUCAGAAUCCCAAAGGUCCCUCAGAUGUGCAGGUUUCCUAAGGAGGAGGGGCCCUGCCGGGGCCUCUUCUCCCGUUACUUCUUCAACAUGACCACCAUGCAGUGUGAGCCCUUCGAGUACGGCGGCUGCAUGGGCAACCGCAACCGCUUCCAGUCCCGCACCACCUGCACGGACUACUGCGGCCCCCGCAAAACUGUUCCCGUGCUGUGCCAGGGCCCGCUGGACAAGGGCAAGUGCUCGGCCUCCAUCCCUCGCUUCUACUACAACGCGGCCACCGGGGCGUGCGAGGAGUUCGCGUACACGGGCUGCGGCGGGAGCAGCAACAACUUUGUCUCCCAGCAGACGUGCACGGACGUGUGCGCGAGAGGAGAGAGGAGACCCGCGGGCCGAGGAACAGAGCUUCGCACCAGACGGAGCAGACAUAACGCCGCCACGUCCUCGCGGGCGUAGACGUCCCACGCGUUUGGGGAACUCGUGAAGCUGGACCCAAAACGCAUCUGCACGCGCGAAGCCGCACGAGUGUUUUUCCACGUGAUUUUUUUUUUUUUUACUGUAUUUUCUUACUGAACUUUUGCAGGUGCGUUCAUGAAAAGUCAUGUUUUCAGACCGCGUGUUUUGCUGUAAGACCUUCUUCACAUUUGUGAAGUUUUCCCGUAUGCCAGUUUCAUAAGCACGUUUAAAACACAGAAUCAUGUACGUUUUUGCAUUAAAUGGAAUAUUGUGACUGUUUUUUUCUCAUUGUGACGCUGCUAUUUUUGGCAAAUGACUGUACUGUAUGUUAUUUUAAGUAAUAAAUAAUAAUUCCAAUAAGUAAAUUGUGUUCAUCCACUGCAGAGUCUAACCUUUAACCGUGUCCCACUUACACUCCUCCACCAGAAACACUGCAGGGGAAAACCACUGGCUUGGAUCGUUUCUUUACCUUCCCUCAGUCACUUUCACUUUAUCUGGGUAUUUUUUUUCAUUCCUAAGUAAUGCUGCUGUCCUCCCUGCUUAUCUGCUAAUACUGGGCAGAGCAUGCGGGGCUAUCUCAGUGGCUUCAGCGUAGCCCUGGAUCAGGAAGGAAGCGAUUACGGAGCUGCAAAUGUGACUGUGGGAGGUUCAUUAGAAAGUCGGAAGCUUGUUUGGAAGCGACAAAGCUGCGGGUUUAUAAAACGGGACCCGGGGGUUCUAGCACUGUUUUCACCAAUUAUAAGUGACAUUCAU